CUAUGCUAAACCGCCACGGCUGGAAAGCAGAAGUGCUGAAACUUGAGGCGUUUUAUCUUUACAACAACAGGUGGCAGCACAGAGCCACGGAUGUUUCCUGCAAGCCGGGAAUGACAACUUGCAAGUUGGCAAGUUUCCCUAUAUAGUGUGUGUGUCAUGAGGCAACGGGGCAAUGAGUGGUCACAGUAGUGGACAGGCUGAGUGCAGACAAGUCAGAAGAUGAACGCUGAGCCUUUGACUCGCUCUGAGGUGUUUGGACAGCUCAGGAAGGAGCUCUACGGAGAGGAGCCAUCAAGUCAUUCCAACACACACAUAUUCAUCAUAUUGGGAGCUUCUGGAGAUCUUGCUAAAAAGAAGAUCUAUCCAACUUUAUGGUGGUUAUUCAGAGAUGGCCUGCUUCCUGACAACACACUCUUUGUGGGGUUUGCCCGGUCUAACCUGAGUGUUGAGGACAUCAAAGCCGCAUGUCUUCCCUACAUGAAGGUCACCGAUGAAGAGACUGAGAGUUUAUCGGCCUUCUUCAGUAAGAACUCUUACCUGAGCGGCAGGUAUGACGACGGAAGCUCAUUCGACCGGCUCAACAGCCAUCUGUCAUCUCUGCCUGGGGGAGCCAAGGCCCAUCGCCUCUUCUACCUGGCUCUGCCACCCAGUGUCUACCACCACGUCAGCGCAAACAUCAGAAACCACUGCAUGAGCCACAAAGGCUGGAGCCGGCUGAUUGUUGAGAAGCCCUUUGGUCGUGACCUCCAGAGCUCACAGGAGCUGUCAGCCCACCUCUCCUCCCUGUUCACGGAGGACCAAAUCUACCGCAUUGACCACUACUUGGGAAAAGAGAUGGUCCAGAAUCUCAUGGUGCUCAGGUUUGGAAAUCGCAUUUUUGGGCCCAUAUGGAACAGGAACAGCGUGGCUUGUGUGGUCCUCACCUUUAAGGAGCCUUUCGGCACUCAGGGCCGUGGAGGAUACUUUGACGACUUCGGUAUCAUUCGGGAUGUCAUGCAGAACCAUCUCCUCCAGAUGCUCUGCUUGGUUGCAAUGGAGAAACCCGCUUCCACCAGUCCAGAUGACGUGAGGGAUGAGAAGGUGAAGGUGUUGAAGUGUAUAGCUCCGGUAAAGGAGUCAGAUGUGGUGCUUGGCCAGUACAUCGGAGAUCCUGAAGGGGAGGGCCACUCCAAGCUGGGUUACCUUGACGACCCCACGGUACCAAAGGGAUCGAGCACACCAACGUUUGCCACUGCGGUGCUCUACGUGCAGAAUGAAAGAUGGGAUGGAGUCCCUUUCAUCCUGCGCUGUGGUAAAGCUCUAAAUGAGCGGAAAGCAGAGGUGCGUCUGCAGUUCACAGACGUGCCAGGAGACAUCUUUGGAGAACGCUGCCAGAGGAACGAGCUGGUGGUGCGGGUGCAGCCGGACGAGGCCAUUUACCUGAAGAUGAUGACCAAGAGGCCCGGAGUUUACUUCAGCCCAGAGGAGACUGAGCUGGACCUCACUUACAAGAGCAGAUACAAGAAUGUGAAACUCCCAGAUGCUUAUGAGAGACUAAUACUGGACGUCUUCUGUGGAAAUCAGAUGCACUUUGUCCGCAGUGAUGAGCUGCGGGAGGCCUGGAGGAUCUUCACCCCACUCCUCCACCAAAUAGAGGGAGAGAAGACACGCCCCAUUCCUUACACGUAUGGAAGUCGCGGUCCAAACGAAGCAGACGAACUUGUGCAGAGGGUGGGAUUCCGCUAUGAGGGAACAUACAAGUGGGUGCAGCCCCACACAGCCUGAUGCUUUCUGUCACUCUCAUGCACACAAACCCGCAUGCUUGUGAAUAUAGCCACUGUAAGGAUGUUUAGAAAUAAUAAAGUUUACUGCAGUCACCGCCUGUUUGAUUUUGUCUGCAUGCACACAAGACGCCACUGCUUUAUUAUAUCCUUAAUCACACGAGAAUGAGUGUGGAAAUGUAAGUCUGAUCCAACGUGUAUAUCUGAAAUUACAAAAUAAAUCUGGAAUCAUUCUUCUGUA